AUGCAGCCCGCAGUAGUACAGAACGCCGCUGCUCUAGACGGCACUGCGGCUGCCUCCGUCCUCGUCUACCCCGUCACUUCUCUGCUGCCACAGACGGAGGCUCUGCGGGCUUUGCUGCAGCACAAACGGGAAUUGGAGCUGCAGCAGCAGCAGGAAGAAGGGGAGCGGCUUCAAGACCAGCGCCUUCAAUCUUUGGCGCUGCAGCAGCAUGACGAGCUGCUGCGGCGCAGCCAGCUGCAGCGCAGAAUGCUGCAGCAGCAGCAGCAGCAGCUCCUAAGAGAGGAAGAAGGGCGCUCUCUCCAAGAUCCCAACUUCAGCUCCCUCCUCCGCCUCAGCCGCUCCCCCCGAAACAACAGCAACGGCAGCAGUAGCAACGAUGAAGAACGGCCGUAUGUACCCCGUUUCCUCUCUCUUGGGUCUUUGGGGCUCAACCCCGUGCAAAUUCGACUGCUGCUAAGAGAAGGACUCGCCGCCAACCCAGAUAUUGAAGAACUCGACUUGAGCCGAGUCGGUUUGACUGAUGACGAGGGCCCUAUGGUGUGCAAGAGUGUGGCAACAAUGGAGUGUCUCAAGCUAUUCUCGCUUGAAGGAAACCCGAUAGGAAGGCUCACAGCUGUAGAACUCAGAAAAUGCCUCGAGGUCCUUCAGAUUGCUGGUGAUGCUGUUGAUGGCAUCUGCGCUGAUGCUGCUGAGAUUGAUGCUGCAGCUGGUGCUGCUGUUGAGGCUGCUGCUAAUGGUGGUGCUGCUGAGCCCGCUCCGGCUGGUAUCAAUGCUGCUGGUUUUGCUGCUGCUGCUGUUACAAUGCCUACCCUGGAGUCUUUAGACUUAGGAGGCUGCUACCUUGGAGGGCCUCGCGGCUUCGCCGAGAUCUGCCGCGCUUUAUGCAGCAAUAAAACCCUAAAGUUCCUCUCCCUCAGAGGAAUGCAAAUAGACCCUGCUGGAGGCGAGUUGUUGCUGGAGUGUCUUCGCAAUAACUCGACUUUACAGUGCCUGGACGUCAGCGACAAUAACAUUACUGCCGUUGCCGCUACUGCUGCUGCUGCUGCAGCUGCUGAGCAACACCUGCGGCUGAACUCGUUGGUGUCUGCUAACAAGUCUUCUCUUAAAAGGCGAGCUGAGAGGGAGGCCGUGGAGAGGAGACAAAUGGAGAAAGAAGAGAAAGACACCAAAUCCUUCCUAAUGCAGCUAGAGGCCUUCCGGUCGGGUGUUAAUUACUCUUUGCUUUAA